AUGGCAACAGUGAUGGCAAACAUUGAAUACGUUUGCGAACUGACGGACGAAGAGCUGAUCCAGUCGUCGAAACCCAAACGAAAGCGCCAACGACUCGACCACUUGUCACACGAAGAGAAACUCAUGAGGAGAAAGCUGAAGAACCGAAUGGCAGCGCAGAGCGCGCGCGACCGCAAGAAAGUCAAAAUGAAUGACUUGGAAAGGGAGGCCAUUAUUGUGGCCAAACAGAGAAACGCAUUACUGAUUCAAAACAAAAAACUGAAACAAAGCAAUGAAUCGCUUGAGAAGCAGAACAUUGAACUCAAGAGAAGACUCGGUCUCUUGGAGUCGAAGCCAUCGGUAAAAAGGGAAGCAAUGGAUGACUUGAAUGAUUGGAAUGAAACCCUUGAGUCCGCAGAACUCAUUAGUGAUCCUCAGCCGCAGGAACAGGUUUCACGUCCCGUCACUCAGUCAUCGAGAGUGAGUGCACAGCCAUUGAUGACGCUAUUCGUCUGUUGGCUGAUCACAAAGAAUCCGAUGCUUUACUCGAUGUUCUCCACAUGUAUUCAGAAGAACUGCUCGAUUCAGACACUGACCCAAAAGGCAUACAAUUGCAGACAAGCGAUCAAAUACAAGCCGUUGAUAACCACCAGCCAUCACAUGUGGGAUCAACUCAAGACUUGAUGGCCAUCGAUGACCAUUUGUACUUUAAGGCCACACAAUUGGCAACCG